GAUGGCGUUCGACGGAGAAGACUUAUUGUGGUUAUGAUAGUACUUUGUUCUUAAUCCGUACGUACAUGUACACAUGCUGUUUAAUAGAGAAAACUUCGUUAAUAUUUGUUUGUGUCGGAUAAAUUAGUAUUUGCAGCUCCUCGUGUUAGCUUAGCUUAGCUUGCUAGUUAGCUUAGCGUGUUAGCUGCUAACAAAGAGAGGCGGAAGUGAUCAAAACACAUCGCUAAGCAGAGAUCAAGUGUGAGUGUAAAGUGUUGUGAUUGUGUGAAAAUGUGCGAAAGAACGAUAGCAGAGUACGAGGAGGAACUACUGGACGCUGUUUUCGAAGAAUAUGAAGUUUUGUCACAAAGAACAGACCAGCAGCCCCCCCACAUUAAAGAGGAAGAGGAGGAAGUGUUGAUCAAUCAGGAGGAAGAGUGUCUUCUAGGGCAGGAGGAGGCUGAUCUCACCAAGUUUCCACUGACUGUUGUCUCUGUGAAGACUGAAGACCAUGAAGACAAACCACCUGAGUCCUCACAGCUUCAUCACAGUCCAAAUGUCUGUGAAGAACAUAUUCUCCCUGAGCAGCAGGAGUGGACCUCCAGGAUAGAGCAGGAGGAGCCACAGCCCCCCUAUAUUAAAGAGGAGGAGGACCUAAAGCCGCCCCACAUCAAAGAUGAAGAGGAGGAGUCACAGCCCCACCACAAUAACAAGGAAAAAGAGGAACACAGCGACGAUCUUAAAGGACUGGAGGAGGUUGAUGUCACCAAGAUGCCAGUGACUGGUGUCCCUGUGAAGAGUGAAGGUGAUGAGGUCAAAGGUGAAAGUGAGGAGAAGAGAGAGGCGGAGCCUCCAAGCAGCAGCUCAACUCAACACAUGACAACAGAAGCUGAUGGAGACCACUGUGGAGGAUCACAAGCAGACAAGCUCUUAGCUCCACUAUCAGAUAGUGAGGACACAACGUCACACUCUCCUGACACUGAUGAUGAAGACUCUAAAGAUGAUAAGACAUGUCACACUGACAACACACACUUCACAUGUUCUCACUGUGGCAAAACCUUUAAAUACCAUUGUCGUCUGAAAGACCACAUGAGAACGCACACUGGAGAAAAACCUUUUUCCUGCAUAGAAUGUGGUAAAAGCUUUCAACGAAAUGACAUGUUGAAAGAACACAUGAGAACACACACUGGAGAUAAACCUUUUUCCUGCUCAGAAUGUGGUAAAAGCUUUCGUAAAAAGGGCGUGUUGAAAGACCACAUGAGAACACACACUGGAGAAAAACCUUUUACCUGCAUAGAAUGUGGUAAAAGCUUUCAACGAAAUGACGUGUUGAAAGUCCACAUGAGAACACACACUGGAGAAAAACCUUUUUCCUGCAUAGAAUGUGGUAAAAGCUUUCAUAAAAAGGGCGUGUUGAAAGAACACAUGAGAACACACACUGGAGAAAAACCUUUUUUCUGUUCUAAAUGUGGUAAAAGCUUUCAACGAAACGACGUGUUGAAAGACCACAUGAGAACACACACUGGAGAUAAACCUUUUUUCUGCUCAGAAUGUGGUAAAAGCUUUCGUAAAAAGGGCGUGUUGAAAGAACACAUGAGAACACACACUGGAGAAAAACCUUUUUCCUGCUUAAAAUGUGGUAAAAGUUUUGUACAACGUAGCUCUUUGAAAGGACACAUGAGAUUUCACUCUAGAGAAAAACUUAAAAAAGAUAAGACAUGUCACACUGACAACACACGCUUUAAAUGUUCUCACUGUGACCAAACCUUUAGAUACCGUUCUGCUCUAAUAACACAUGUGCGAAAACACACUGGAGAAAAACCUUUUUCCUGCUCAGAAUGUGGUAAAGGUUUUGCACAACGUAGCUCUUUGAAAGGACACAUGAGAAUACACACUGGAGAAAAACUCAGUACCUGUGGUAAGACCUUUACAGAAAAAAGCCAUUUAAAAGCACACAUGACAACACACACUGGAGGAAAACCUUUUUCCUGUUCAGUAUGUGGUAGACAUUUCGCCCGGAAACGAUAUUUGAAAGAACACAUGCAACUACACACUGGAGAGAGAACAGUUUCCUGCUCAGAAUGUGGUAACGUUUUUACAGAUAAAUAUAAAUUAUUAGUACACAUGAGAAUACACACAGGAGAGAAAGUGUUUAGUUGCAGUGUGUGUGGGGAAAGAUUCUCUUAUGAGAAGCAGUGUAAGAAACACAAGUGUGCUGGUGAGAACAGCAGCAGCAAAUGAAGUUGCAGGAUUUGAAAUAUACUGUCAAAACUUUGUGAACUUUUACGUUCUAACAACAUCAGCACAUGUAACAUAUAAUGACUGUCUCAGAAUCGUGCUCGGAAAGCCCAUUUAAACUGAUGUUUAAAUGUAUAUGUAGACUGCAGGGGUCCAAGAAUGAUCUUAUUAUACAGAUAACCAAUCCUAGGUGUAAUUCUGUUAGGUACCAAUCCUGUAUAUGGAAACACUGGUAUCUGUGCCUUUUAUAGAAU